ACGACAUGUCGUUGGUUCCGCGGUCUGAUCAUGGAAGAAGGGAGCAUAUGGAAGCACGUGUGCCUACGUGAUCUUCAGGUCCCUGAGCCUCGUCACGUGGCACUCAAUUGGAGGAAGCUCUACGUUUCAGCCUUUGAUGGGAGUCACUCUUACAUGUUUCGCCAGCAGGAGAAGCAUAUCGACUGGAUGCGCAUCGGUGCAUUCUCCGUUGAAUCCUCAGAAGCAUUCCUAACAGAAAAGUUGAUCAAACCAUCAAGGCUCCCAGAAGGAGAUACCAUACAGAAAAUGUUGGAGUCCUGCGGCAGUUGUGUGUUGGAUAAAGUUAGAACUGGGAUAUGGAUUGCUGAUCUCCAGCUUGUCCGAUGCCCCGUCUGCGAGCUCAAUACCUGUGAUGGAACGAUGCAGACAUUGGAUGCAAGGCAUAUUGAGCUGUUCUUAAGCGAGGGGUACAAGAAUGGAAGCUGGGAAUACGAACUUAUAGGUCGCCAUGAUGUCAACGAGCAUGCCGAUGGUGCUUGUGGGGCUAUUUUCGAUAUGAAACACCUCAAGGAAUCUUCAACAUCUGUGUUUAAUCUCAAGUCAUGGGUGGGCAAACCAACAGACUGGCAACCAAAGGCUAUCAUUACUCUACAUGCAGUUGCAGUCAACACAAAUCUGCAGAAGAACGAAGGACUUCAAGUGAAAUACCAUGCCAUGAGAGAUGGACCUCAAGGAGAAGUAGUAUCCAUCAGAAUCUCACAGCAGCUCCUGUAAAGUCACAGGCCUCAAAACUUCCUCGCCAAGCUACACGAAACAGAUUCCCGGAACUCCACAGAUUAUUGCUAGUUGCCAAUCUCCGAAGGGCAACUCAAUAAAACGCCUUUCGAAUAAUCAGAUACAUGAAAAUAUUUCCUGUUAGCUUAGAGAUAGAUUGGUCUUCCUUGUAGAAAUGAUAAACACAUAUGCUACUACAGAUACAUGAUACAUGCUCACACACAUAUUUGUGAAUCAAUGAACGGCUCAGAUCAAUUGUUCAAAACAUCUUUGAAAUUAAAAUUUUAUAUAA